CGAGUUCGUCUAAACCCCCAAAGGCCAAAAACCAAUUCCCGACGGCGAGUACGACCUAGAAAUCUAGGGCACGCAGGACGGCACACGGUGGCUCAGAUCGCUCAGGCGCUCAGCAAUCGGACCGUCGGACGGCGCACUGGCGGAUGCUGCUCUAAUUUCUCUUUGGUGGACGGUGGUAAUUGGUAAAAUGAGACUUUAAUUAACCAUUGAGAUAUUCAACCCAUGCCAAAUUGACUUCGAACAUUCAGAGCCACCAUAAAUGGAAGGUUUGCAUGCCCUCGGGGAAAAAAAACAUGUGCCGGAAAGUGAGUGGUAAUUUGGAAACUGAGAUCUGCUCUUCGGUGAUAACUGGUAAGCAGAGCUGCAAAGGCCUGACUCCUGACUCCUGAGAACUGCUGCCUAAGUCCUAAGUGCUUAAGAGCGACGGGCGACGGCGACCCAGCGACCGUACUUACGAAUGAAGAACGAGAAUCUCAACACUUGAAGCAGCCCAGCUAUCUCCUCAUAAAGCAUCUGCUUAUGGCAACUCUUGGUGAUGCUUUCUUAGCAGAUUUGGAUGAAUUAUCUGACAAUGAAGCUGAUAUUCUUGACGACAAAUAUGGGGAAGCUGAACACAUGGAGGAAGAUGUUGAUGGUGAGCUAGCCGAUAUAGAAACACUUAAUUAUGAUGAUCUGGAUAGCGUCUCUAAAUUGCAGAGGACGCAACGUUAUAUCAACAUUAUGCAGAAAGUAGAAGAAGCACUGGAAAAGGGUUCGGAAAACUCAGAUAAAGGGACAAUGGUUCUGGAAGAUGAUCCGGAGUACCAGCGUAUUGUUGAUUGUAAUGCAUUGUCGGUUGAUAUUGAAAAUGAAAUUAUAAUAAUCCAUAAUUUCAUACGUGAUAAGUACCGUUUGAAAUUCCCAGAGUUGGAGUCUCUGGUUCACCACCCGAUUGACUAUGCCCGGGUGGUUAAGAAAAUUGGGAAUGAGAUGGACCUCACCCUUGUUGAUCUUGAAGGGCUGUUGCCUUCAGCUAUUAUCAUGGUGGUUUCGGUUACAGCAUCAACUACAAAUGGUAAGCCACUUCCUGAAGAUGUCUUGCAGAAGACGAUAGAAGCAUGUGAUCGUGCGUUCACUCUGGAUUUAUCAAAGAAGAAAGUCCUCGAUUUUGUGGAGAGCCGAAUGGGUUAUAUUGCACCGAACCUCUCUGCUAUUGUAGGAAGUGCUGUUGCUGCAAAACUCAUGGGGAUUGCCGGUGGGCUUUCUUCAUUAGCAAAGAUGCCUGCUUGUAACGUGCAACUUCUUGGUGCUAAACGGAAGAACCUUGCCGGGUUCUCCACGGCGGCGUCCCAAUAUCGAAUUGGAUAUCUCGAGCAGACAGAAAUGUUUCAGACCACUCCUCCGUCUCUUAAGAUGCGUGCCUGCCGACUGUUGGCUGCGAAAUCUACCCUUGCGGCACGUGUUGACUCAACAAGGGGAGAUCCAACAGGGAAAACUGGACGAUCUCUAUUAGAAGAGAUCCGUAAGAAGAUUGAGAAAUGGCAAGAGCCACCCCCUGCGAAGCAGCCUAAACCCCUUCCAGUUCCAGAUUCUGAACCUAAAAAAAAAAGAGGUGGGCGCAGAUUAAGAAAGAUGAAAGAAAGGUAUGCUGUUACAGACAUGCGGAAGCUAGCGAACAGAAUGCAGUUUGGUGUGCCUGAAGAGAGCUCAUUGGGGGAUGGUUUGGGUGAGGGAUAUGGAAUGCUUGGUCAGGCAGGAAGUGGUAAAUUACGUGUAUCACUUGGUCGGAGCAAGCUUGCUGCCAAAGUUACAAAGAAAUUUAAGGAUAGGAGUUAUGGAAGCGGUGGUGCUACAUCAGGACUGACAUCAAGUUUAAGCUUCACCCCUGUACAGGGGAUUGAACUUUCAAACCCACAACCAUAUGCAAACCAGCUAGGCUCAGGAACUCAGAGUACUUACUUUUCAGAAACUGGGACAUUUUCCAAGAUCAAGAGAACAUAAAUACAUCCAAGUCCUGAGGAUGAUUGAUUGUCAUCUUAAAUAAAUAUCAUGUGUUGAUAUUCCCUGGCUGGCCUGGAGCCCGUGCUUGUCAUCAAUCCUCUUAAAUGAUACCCCUAUUUUUGUUUGCUUUUGUUUUAUGUUUUUUCUCUAGUUUUAUCGGAGUAGGUAAACCUUGAAAUUGAUGUAACGAGAAUACCUGCAAUUUUCAGCUUUAGUUUACUAGUUCAUUAUCUGAAACUCUGAAAGUCUCUUAUUAAUAUGAGGCUUUUUGAACUGAAGUAAACUUAUUUACAAAAGUAUGAAUAAUAGUUACUAUAGUCCUAUAGUCACCAAGUGUAAAAGUUGAACAAAAAAUAAUAUGACUAAGUUACUACUAUAGUCAUUAUAGUCAUUACUUGUAA